UCGGGCUUACGAGAUGCAUUCCUCUAAACGACGCAUUUACGAACUGAAAGUAAACCCCAGCGGCAAGCUUGUGAACAGCAAAAUCGCUCGUGGGUGCUUCUUGCCGGCGAUUUGCGAGGAGAUCACAGGUGCUUCAAAGUAUCAAACCGCUCCGACGGGCGCGACGGACGACCACAGCCAGGCCAUUUCCCAACCCAUCUCACAGCAGAGAAGCGAAGCUUCGAAUACAGGGGGUUUGAUAGAUCUUUCGACGUAGAGAGACAGGGAGGUUGGGAGAUAGAGAGAUGUAUCAAUGGAGAAAAUUCGAGUUCUUCGAGGAUAAAUCAGGCGGGAAGAGUUCGAUUCCUGCUGAGAUCACUGGAAGGAUAGACUGCUGCUCGGGCGGGAGGGGGCGAAUUGUCAUCGGCUGCGACGACGGAACUGUCAGCCUCCUAGACCGCGGAUUCAAGCACAUCUAUGGCUUCCAGGCUCACGCUUCCUCGGUACUCUUUCUCCAGCAGCUGAAGCAACGAAAUUAUCUUGUAACUGUUGGCGAGGAGGAUCAAACCUCAUCCCAUCUGUCCUCCAUCUGCUUGAAAGUUUUUGACCUAGACAAGAUGCAGCCAGAGGGCUCGAGCUCAACUGGUCCUGUAUGUGUCCAAAUAUUAAGAAUUUUCACUACUCAGUUUCCUGAAGCAAAGAUAACAUCAUUUUUAGUUCUGGAGGAAGCUCCUCCAAUAUUACUCAUCUCAAUAGGAUUGGAAAAUGGGUCAAUUUACUGCAUCAAAGGUGAUCUUACACGUGAGCGAAUCUCAAGGUUCAAGCUUCAGGUGGAGGGUCCCGUAGAGACCAGUGAUUCUUCAAUUACUGGGCUAGGUUUCCGGGUCGAGGGGCAAGCACUUCAACUCUUUGCUAUAACUCCUACUUCUGUGAGCUUGUUCAGUUUGAACGAUAACCCACCUAGGAGGCAAACUCUAGAUCAGAUUGGAUGUAACAGCAAUGCUGUUGCAAUGAGUGAUCACAUGGAUCUAAUUAUUGGUCGCCCUGAAGCUGUAUAUUUCUAUGAAGUUGAUGGUCGAGGUCCUUGUUGGGCUUUUGAUGGUGAGAAGAAAUUCCUUGGUUGGUUUCGUGGAUAUUUACUAUGUGUCAUUGGAGAUCAUCAAAUAAACAGCAAGAAUUCAUUCAAUAUUUAUGAUCUAAAGAACAAGUUAAUUGCACAUAGUAUGAUGGUGGGUGAGGUUUCACAUAUGAUAUGUGAAUGGGGUUACAUAAUUCUUAUUAUGAGUGACAGGAAGGUCUUGUUUAUUGGAGAGAAAGACAUGGAAAGCAAACUGGAUAUGCUCUUCAAGAAAAAUUUGUAUAAUGUUGCAAUCAAUCUUGUUCACAGUCAACAUGCUGAUGCUGUUGCUACUGCUGAAGUUCUUCGAAAAUAUGGCGAUCAUUUAUAUGGGAAACAGGAAUAUGAUGAGGCUAUGUCUCAGUAUAUUCAGACAAUCGGUCAUCUUGAACCUUCAUAUGUCAUCCAGAAGUUCUUAGACGCGCAGCGUAUUUACAAUCUAACAAAUUACCUAGAACAGUUACAUGAAAGAGGACUUGCUUCCAAGGACCAUACAACCCUACUUUUGAACUGCUAUACAAAACUUAAAGAUGUGGAAAAAUUAAACAAAUUUAUCAAAGGUGACGACAGUGUCAGCGAACAAAGGUUUGAUGUGGAAACUGCCAUUAGAGUCUGUCGCUCUGCUGGAUAUCAUGAGCAUGCAAUGUAUGUUGCUAAGAAGGCUAAGAGGCAUGAAUGGUACCUGAAGAUUCUACUCGAAGACUUGGGUAGUUAUCAAGAAGCUCUGCAAUACAUUUCAUCCUUAGAACCAAAUCAAGCUGGAGUCACCUUGAAAGAAUAUGGUAAAAUUCUGAUAGAGCACAGACCAGCUGAAACCAUUGGAAUCUUAAUGAAGGUCUGCACAGAUUCUGGUGAAACGAAGAGAAUAAGUUCUAAUGGUGCACGCUUAUCCAUGCUUCCCUCUCCAAUGGACUUUAUUAACAGUUUUGUACAUAGUCCACAAUCACUUAUGGAUUUUUUGGAGAAGUAUGUGAGCCGGGUAAAGGAUUCACCUGCUCAAACAGAGAUUAACAAUACCCUUUUGGAACUGUAUCUAUCUAAUAGUUUAUCACUUCCGUCAAUUUCACGAGAAAGUGUUGGUGAUGAUCUGAAUUUCAAAGCCAACAAUUCAUGGGAGGUAGCUAAUGGGUCUGCAUCAGGGAAAAAGACAAAACCAUUUACAGAAAGCAAUGAUGUUAAAAAAGAAAAUGAUCGUCAAGAAAGAUUUCAGAAAGGGCUAUCUUUGCUUAAAAGUGCAUGGACAUCUGAGAUGGAGUACCCAAUGUAUGAUGUUGAUCUUGCUAUAAUACUUUGUGAAAUGAAUGCAUUCAAAGACGGGCUGUUGUUUCUUUAUGAGAAAAUGAAGUUAUACAAAGAAGUAUUUGCUUGCUACAUGCAGGCUCAUGAUCAUGAAGGGCUGAUAGCCUGCUGCAAGAAGCUUGGGGAUUCGAGCCAGGGAGGAGAUCCAUCCCUUUGGGGUGAUCUGCUGAAGUACUUUGGUGAGCUUGGUGAAGAUUGCUCCAAAGAAGUAAAGGAAGUUUUGACUUAUAUUGAAAGGGAUGAUGUUUUGCCUCCAAUUGUUGUUGUUCAAUUGCUGUCUAAAAAUCCUUGUUUGACACUUUCUGUGGUUAAGGACUACAUUGCGCGAAGACUUGAACAAGAAUCCAAGUUGAUUGAAGAUGACAGAAAAUCAAUUGAGAAGUACCAGGAAGGAACCACUUCAAUGAGAAAGGAAAUACAAGAGCUCAGAACGAAUGCAAAGAUCUUCCAGCUAAGUAAAUGUACUGCUUGCACCUUUACUCUUGAUCUUCCCGCAGUUCAUUUUAUGUGUAUGCAUUCCUUCCAUCUGCGUUGCCUUGGUGAUAAUGAGAAAGAAUGCCCUGAGUGCGCACCUGAGUACAGAGCAGUAUUAGAGACUAAAAGAAACUUAGAACAAAAUGCCAAGGACCAGGACCGUUUCUUCCAGCAAGUCAAGAGCUCCAAAGAUGGUUUUUCUGUGAUUGCUGACUAUUUCAGUAAGGGCAUUUUGAGCAAGACAACUAAUGACACUGAUAACACCUGAAGCUCAUUGAAUCUUCAUGGCAUCUUCAGAGGAAUAAAAUGAGCAUUGUUAAGCUUCAGAUCUUAGUGGAAACCCACGCAGUUAUUGGAACCAGCCAGGCCAAGGAGAAUAAGUUGUUGAUGGUUGGGACGCUUUAGUGGUGGUAUUUUGUGCAGGUGACUUCAAGCCUGAAAUUUGUGUGAAGGUUGAAGAUGAAACAGAUUUUUGAUAAAUCAUUUUAAGUUUUCUUAACACAGUUUUGGGAGUUUGAUGUACAGCGUGACUAAUGAUGGUGAUAAUUAAUCAAUCAUUUCAGACAGAAAUAUUUGUUAUUUUUACCUUAUUUUUAAUGUGAAGAUACACUUGAAUUGACCUUGUUCACAAA